CGAGCCCUAGCUUUUUAAUGUUCCUUUUUCUUUUCCUCCGUAAAUUUCUCCGUCCUAUCUGUCUCACGUCUCCUCCGUCUCAUUCCUUCCCUUCUCCGCCUCGGUCCUCCUCCUGCCCUCUUAUCUUCUUCGUGGCCGAGCCCGCGCCCAAACUUUAAGAGCGAUUUCUCUUUCAGCACUCACGGUAAUUAAACUCGUCCUCGCCUUGAGAUAGGAGAAGGGUUCCAUCUGUCUUUGAUCUCGAUAGCCAGAGAAAAUGCCGCAGAUCUGCAUCUCGCCGCCCCCGCCCCGCGGGAACUCGCGGCUUCGCUUCUCGCCCACAGAUCCGGUGGAGUGCGAGGAACUUGUACCAGAGAGAGUCUGCAUAAAUUGCUGCAGCAGUGACACCAGGCCUUGUUCGACAGAUUCUUACGGUUUUAUUAAUUAUACUUCAUCGAUGAAAAAGAUGAAGUUGUCUGGACUUCACUUAUCUCAAGAGGAAGCAAAAAAUUGUAUGGGUGACAUAAGUGAUUAUUUUUCUCGAGGUCAUGCUGAAGGCCACUCGUCUUGUUGGUAUUCAGACAAGGAUAACUGGUUAUCCUGUUGCUGUGAUCCUGUGGAAGUAGGCUCAUAUGCUGCCAUGGAAGGAAGUUCUCAAUCUUUGGUUAACAGCAGUGAGAUCUCUUUACCACAUGGCACUAGUCAUACACCUCCUCAGAACGGUGCUUGUGGUGGAUAUGCUCAAUUUUCUGUCGUUGGAUGGAUGUAUGUUAAUGAAAAUGGCAACAUGUGUGGACCAUACAGUCAAGGACAACUUAUUGAGGGCUUAUCCUCAGGGUUCUUGCCUGAAGAACUUCCCAUAUAUCCUGUUGUUAAUGGAAGUGUUAUGAAUGCAGUUGCCCUGAAGUAUUUAAAGCAGUUUUCAAGCCCAAUAUAUUCAGCUUCAAGAGUUGCUGGUGCAGCAUCAAGUCAAACUUCUGAGCUGGCACGCCGUAAUUCUUUGCCAUAUGAAGUAGAUGAGUCUGUAAGCUAUUCCUCAUUGUACUCAACUCAACCAUCAGAGGCACAGUUGACUAUUUCAUAUGGAGCUCAAAGUUCUGAACAGGGACUAACCAAUACGGGCAUGAUCAAAUGUACUUCAUCGGUGCUUCUAAGGUCGCUCUCAAGUGAAGAGAGCUGCUGGAUGUUCGAGGAUCAGGAGGGUAGAAAACAUGGAGCACAUUCAUUUGCAGAAUUGUAUUAUUGGCAUCACAACAGUUAUCUUGAUGAUUCUUUAAUGAUAUACCAUGUGGAUAAUAAAAUUGGGCCAUUUACUCUUGCAUCUUUAGUUGAAGAAUGGAGCAGAAUUUCCAACCAGAACGUAUCUGAAACUGAUAUUAAGAGCGAAGAUACUGACAGGGAUUUGAACAGUUCUUUUACCAGACUCAUGUCUAAUAUAUCAGAAGAAGUCUCAAUUCAGUUGCAGUCUGUCAUAAUGAAAGCAGCUCGACGGGCUCUAUUGGAUGAAAUCUUUAGCAGCAUCAUACCAGAGUUUAUUUCAUCAAAGAAAGCUCAGAAAUAUGUCAGGCCAGAAUUAACACAUCAGGGUACUAAAACAUAUGGUUCAUCUAAAGGGAAGGUAGAAGUUGCUGUUUCACAUGAGGUAACUGUGUCUCAGCAAACAUGUUCAGAACAUUCCAGCAGCUAUGAUAACUUUCCAGAAUUAUUGCUAGCACUUUGCAAAUUCUUGUACUAUGAUAGUAUGAAAGCUUUGUGGGACACCGUUCUUUGUGAUCCUGUAGCAGAAUAUUGUGGUGCAUGGCUUAAAAGAAGGCGUUGGUCUGCAUUUCCAUGUUCACCUGUUAUUGCUGAUUGUGAGAGGCAGGAUCUGCCCAAGAUGGAUGUUAUGCAAAAGAAUAAUGAUAAUGUAGUCUUGCAACGAGAGCAACUAAGAAAUGACAUGGAUUUUCCCCCUGGAUUUGGACCUGGCAAGGGACCUGCACAUACUUCUGCUCAUUCACCUUUGAUUGCAGAAGCUGGUUGUCUAAUGGAUGAGGAGGUGGACAUAGCAAAAGAUGCUGCUUGUGAUGCCACUUUACCUGGAGAUCUAAUAUAUACACAACAAAGUUUAGAGAAUGACUUAUAUGUGUCGGCCAAGACAUCUUUGUUCCCUUUUUUUGAGGAUGUCAUAAAAGAGGAGUUAACAAACUUGUUUUGCUUGGAAGCAGAGUAUAAAAAGGAUGAUGAAAUCUUUAAUGUGACAGAACGCCAUGAUCAAUCUGUGUCUAGUUCACUUGAUCUGACUGCUGAUGUGGCGAUAGAGCUCCCUGAAUCAGCAAUUCCUUCUACGUACUGUAUAAAUAAUGCUAUUGAACAAUUGGGCUUUCCAAUUAGCUCUGCGUCUUGUGAUGAUAAUGAUGAUACUAUUACUGAUGAACCACCACCUCCUGGAUUGGAUGACUGUUCAUCAAUGAUUCUUCCUCGACAAGCUAAAUUUCAGCCUGCAAAGAUGAUGGGGCAUAUUCCUCUCAUUGACAAGUAUGUGACAAUGGCAGUUUUCCGCCAAAAGUUGCAUGAUCAAGUUCUUAAAAUGUGGAAGUCCUCUUACUUCAAUGAUGCUCUCCAUAAAUGUUUUCUUUCUUGUGGUGCUUUGAGAAAACUUACAUUGGAUGCUACUGAUGUUGACAGUAAGAGAGGAUGCCAGAAAGACAUGCUCAAGGAUGGGGCCUAUCGGUCAACUGAUGCAUCUCUGGUAACCGGAAAAUAUACUUAUUAUCGGAAGAGAAGGUUUGGCAAGAAAAUAUCAGACCUGCCCUUAGAUUGUUCAGAGAAUUCUGGAUUAUCCAAGCAAGAUGUGGACACCUUGCAAGGCCAGAGGAUGCUUGAAUCAAAACCAAAGUUAGCAGUAAAAAGGACACUACUUGAUGUGAGUUCUCAAGAAUUAAAAAGUUACAGGACUGAAAAUCUGCUAAAUAGGCCAUCUAUGCAGGCUAGUAACAAAACAGAAUCACCUGAUGCUUGUAGUUUAUCAAGAAAAAGACGGAGAUUGAGAAAGGCUUAUGAGAUUCAUAAAGAAGCCUCCACAAUUCCAUGCAAUGCUGAAUUGCUUUCUCCAAAUGAUAUAGAUCCUCUUAUGGAUGAUUCAUGGGACAAGGUUAAAGUGGUAUCUACUGUUGGUAUCAAAUACCAGGCUAGUGACCAAAAAGAAUUAUCUGAUCCUUGUGGUGUAUUAAGAAAAAGACAUAAGUUGAGAAAGAAGACUCAUGGGAACCAUGGAGAAGCAUCCACACUUUUGUGCAAUGCUGAAUUGGAAUCUCCUGUAAUAGAUUCUAUUGUUGAUGAUUCAUGUGAUACAGUUGAAGUGGUUUCUACUAUUGAUAUCAAACACAAGUUGGAAGCAGUUUUAGUUCAGCAACAAAAUUCCAACGAGAAAGUUGAUGACAAUAAUGAUUGUGGUCUGAGGGUACAAGAAGCAUCCAAUAAAUUGUUUACUUCUAAGGACAUUUCAAAAUCAAGAAGAUUUUCUCGACUGAAGAGAAAGGCUGAGUUGAAUCAACUAACACAUCCUAAAAUUUCAAAAUUAUCAUCUAUGACUUCUUCUAAGAAAUCAAAGCAUAAACGCCCUACAAAGCAUAAGGUUAAACCAACGUUUCCAUGUCCCAUAUCGGAUGGGUGUGCUCGGUCUUCCAUCAAUGGCUGGGAGUGGCAUAAAUGGUCAAAGACUGCACUACCCUCUGAGAGGGCUCGCGUAAGAGGCAUUCGGGUCCAUACAUACUCAUUAGGUUUUCAGCCUAAUGCUUCCCAAAAUUCAAAUCCUAAGGGCCCUUCUGCAAGAACAAAUAGGGUUAAGCUCCGCAACCUUCUUGCUGCUGCUGAAGGUGCUGAGCUAUUGAAAGUCAAUCAGUUGAAGGCAAGGAAAAAACGGCUUCGUUUCCAAAGGAGCAAGAUACAUGAUUGGGGUCUGGUUGCACUCGAGCCAAUUGAUGCAGAAGAUUUUGUGAUUGAAUAUGUGGGCGAAUUGAUCCGUCGGCGGAUAUCUGAUGUACGUGAGCGCCAGUAUGAAAAGAUGGGAAUUGGCAGCAGUUAUCUAUUUAGAUUAGAUGAUGAUUAUGUGGUCGAUGCUACCAAACGAGGUGGAUUAGCAAGGUUUAUUAAUCAUUCUUGUGAGCCAAACUGUUAUACAAAGGUGAUUACUGUUGAGGGUCAAAAGAAGAUCUUUAUCUAUGCCAAGAGACAUAUAUCUGCUGGUGAAGAAAUUACUUACAAUUACAAAUUUCCUCUUGAAGAACAAAAGAUCCCAUGUAAUUGUGGUUCUCAAAGGUGCCGGGGAUCCAUGAACUGAAGAUGAGUGAAUAUUCAUGAUGAGCAUGUGUUAUUGGAUCUCAUCUCUUGAUGCACUUGGUGAAAUCAAAAUUGUGUUCUCUACUAAUGUUCUAUAUUUGUAAACUGAAGUCCUAGGGGCUAUUGCUGUUGCUGCUGGAAGUAUGAUGCUCCUCCAUUUGAUUCAAAGAUCAUAUGGUACAAUGAUGUUCAUAUCAUGGUGCAUCUUGAGUGGUCAUACAAGUUUCGGCUGGGUUGUUUAAUUUGACACAGGAAACUGGAAGCUGCUGUGAAGAUCUUCAUUUAUGAUUUGUGCAACACUUUUUUGUUUGCCCUACUGGGUAGCAGACAAUAUCCUUAAUAAAGUAGAUUGAGAAUGUAGUUGCUCCUGUAGUUCUUUGAUGGUCAAUUUUGGUGAAUGCUAUUCAAGGUUUGAAUUAACUGCAUAUCUGGGUAGCCACGUUCUAUUUCCACCAUGCGUCAUUUUUUUUCUCUGGUUGCAAACGAGUUCUCUGCCGUCAAGGUUAAUAACUGUUUUGACCCUUCCAAAUACGUGGGGUUGUCGAAAUUUGUAAAUUUUGUAUGGCCUGAAACGGGAUUGAUUCAUCAAUUUAAUAAUAAUAGCUACCACGAGUUUAGUGCA